AUGUUAACUGGCAGAUCACACGUUGAGAAGAUAUGCGACGCCUUACAUGCCAACAAGUUCACCCUCCUAAAUUCCAUCAACAUCUCCAAGAACAGCCUGGAUGACAAAAGUGUGCAGUUAUUGUGUUCGUUGAACAUACAGUGGCAGUGUCUGAACCUUGCAGAAACAUGCAUUCCCACUGGUGUCAUCAACACAAUCUUCGGUCCAACAAAUAAGUUUCAGAGAUUAACUCAUCUGGACAUGUCCAAGAUCGUCUUUAAAAGUUCAGGCUCUCAGGUUUUGUUAUUAUUUUUGUCGAAACCCAAUGAAGUUGAAACACUGGUUCUGGAAUACACGGAUGUACCCCUUGAAAAUUUGGUGGUCAGUUUGAAAGGAGGUUGUGUCGAUCAUCUGAAAACUUUGAACCUCUGUGGAACCCAGCUGAGUAGAAAGAAGAUGAACGAACUCCACUUUAACAGUUGCAAAACUUUUUUAUCAACUGCUCAGUCGCUACGCUUCGUUAAUCUUAGUCACUGCCAUCUCACUCCUGACUAUUUGAAGCAGGUCCUGCUGGGAAUAGCUGUUAACAGAAACAUGCGCAAUGUUGAGUUGAAACUAGCCGGGAAUUCACUGGAUCAGAGAUUUGCAGAUGUAUUUGAAGUUUCACUACCAAUGUUGUCAAACAUCAACUCUCUGGACAUCAGCAACAACAAUUUUUCUGUUGACGACCUGAAGUUGAUUUUCAAAAAGUUGCCUCAAACAAGUAACCUGAAGAAACUUUUUGUUGGCAAGAACUUGUUGAACAACAAAACAAGAAGUUUGGAGCCGUUCGUGAAUGCUCUGGUGGAUUACUUGCAAGAUGAUCAAGCCACAAUUGAGUGCCUGUACAUGGAAGACAUGUCGCUGAGGAGUGACGCCUACACUUUCAUCAAUCAUUUGGGAUCUGAUGUUACCCUGCUCGAACUCAACAUCGGUGGCAACAGCAUCGGUCCAACAGGGGGUCGUUUGUUGUCGAAGACCCUCCAAGUCAACAACUGCCUGCAGACUCUCAUGCUUGACAAAAAUGAUCUCAACAUUUCUGCACUCCAAGAUAUCGCUCACGGACUGACCAGGAACAAGACGCUGAGAAACCUGCCCUUGCCUCUGCACGACAUCCUUGCAAUCAGCAAGAACAAUCUUGAAAGAGUUGAUAAGCUGGAUGCUGUUGUCAAAAAGAUAACCAGUUUAUUGCAAAGGAACAACUCACCAACUCAACUCCUGGCAAACGAUCAGUUUUCUAAACAGCUACUGAACUACGAUGUUGGAGAAACCCUGGAUAAGAUGGUGGUGAGCAUGGAGAUGUAUGUAGACAGGCUGGAAGGUACGCAACAGCUGAAGAACCAACUGAACGAAACAAUAAGCACUGCCCAUAAACUCAUUCAGGAAUCAAGGCUUUUUAUCGAAAUAUACAAAGAUAUAUACGACAUGGUCCAAUCAGCUGCUGAACAAAAAGCCACCACCAAUCACAACAAGCCACAUCACGAUGACAAUGAAAUGCUGAUCGAAAAAAUUAAGAUCAGAUCUCCUUUGGAUACAGAGCUAACAAAAUUAAAGACCAGACAAGAUACUUUAGAUCCAAAGUUCUUGUUAACGAAUUCAACGUUAUCAGGCAUCAUGAAACGGAGCGUGGAUGACAUUAACCACACAUCUCCGUUUGCACUACUCAGCAUGUUCAAAAAUGUGGCCUUCGACAUGGCAAACAACGUGGAAGAACUCAUGGAUUUGAUGCUCUUGAAGGAGCAAGAAUGUCAUCUGUCCUCAAGUCCCAUGGAGUCAUCCAUGAACAACAAUCUGCGAUUCUCUACAUUAUUGGGAAAGAAAAAAGAUCAGGUCAGUCUCAACAACAUGACUGAUUCACUCUUUCCCGACUUCUCCAUGAAAACUCUCAAGAAGGCUCGACCCACUUCCAUACUUACUGAUCUGCCAGACCUGCCAGUGACGUCAUCAUCAUUGGAACACCUCAACCUGCAACGUCCGAAGAUGAUGAAGAAGCACAAGAUCACUCUGCCCGUCAUAACAUUCAGUGACAAAAAAUAUGACGUGGUGACGAAGUUGAAAGAAUCUUCUACUUUCAGUUCUCUGUCAGGUAGCAAGCAGAGCGUAGCAUCAUCUCAGGAUACAGAUGAGGAAUACAAAAACUGAAGGCUAUCAUCGAGCAGCAACAUUCAUUAGGCUAGCCAAAGAUGCAUGUUGCCAACUAAAUUAUAGAGGCGUUCAACUAGAUCUUCAAUCACUAACGUGGAAUUCUCGGUUCGCAUGUUAUAAUUUUAGAAUAUCUCUUUACUUUCUAAAUUGACCAUAUAGCAUUCUAUCAUCAUGAUCCUCAAUGUCUUUCUCGACCUAUCAAGACCAAGUGAUUGAAGAUUUCCUCUCCAAAUUUAAUUAGGUUCAUCGUGACCAACUUGUUUUUAAUGACAGUUUGUUUUACAUUCCAGUUUUGUUGUUUUAAUUUUCUCUUGAAUGUGAUAUAAGCGUUGUUUUUUAUCUUCGGUUUAGAAAAAUCACAAAUUAUUUACAUUAAGUCUACUUUUUUUAACCAUAUAAGGUGGUUUUGUUGUUCAAAUUGAAUUUCAAUUAUCGUUUCUGCGUCAAAUUUACUUUGACGAUAAACACCAAGUUUUUUUUUCUUAUUUAUUUGAAACGCUUAUUAUAAACUUUUUUGUAUUCAAUUUCACUUCCGAUUAUAUACAACUUUUGUCUCAGGUAUCAAAUUUAAUAAACUG